GAUCUCACAGGCAGCCUCAGUGAGCCCGAAGCUGCUCAGCAAGCAGUAGGUAAUGAGUCUUUGUGCAGAGUGAAGCUCUUGUGGCUGAACAAUAAAGCAUAUGGUACCAGCAAUAAAACACAGUGCUGGGAAAUUUAAGAAGAUUCUGCUGGAAGUGGGAAGACAGUGAAUAUGUCAAACGUUAUAAAAUGACGAUCAAUCUGGUUUGGGUCCUAAUUAAUAAAAAGAGUGCAUGGAUUGGAAAAACAACAAUUUGAACAGGUACAUGUGACAGCAUUGCAGCAAUGAGUGGAAUUUUAAAGAGGAAGUUUGAAGAAGUUGAUGGCUCCUCACCUUGUUCCUCUGUGAGGGAAUCAGAUGAUGACAUUUCCAGCAGUGAAAGUGCUGACAGUGGUGAUAGUGUCAAUCCAUCCACUUCUAAUCAUUUUACCCCGUCUUCAAUCCUGAAGAGAGAGAAGCGGAAGAGAACAAAGAAUGUCCACUUUAACUGUGUUACUGUGUAUUACUUCACGAGAAGGCAAGGCUUCACCAGUGUUCCCAGCCAAGGAGGAAGCACGCUGGGAAUGUCCACUCGGCACAACAGCGUGCGCCAGUAUACCCUGGGGGAGUUUGCCAUGGAGCAGGAGAGGCUCCACCGAGAGAUGCUGAGAGAGCAUCUAAGGGAGGAAAAACUCAAUUCUCUAAAGUUAAAGAUGACAAAGAACGGUACGGUGGAAUCUGAGGAAGCCAAUACACUGACUCUGGAUGACAUUUCUGAUGAUGACAUUGAUCUAGACAACACUGAAGUAGAUGAGUACUUCUUUCUCCAACCCCUGCCUACAAAAAAGCGGCGGGCAUUGCUGCGAGCUUCUGGAGUGAAGAAGAUCGACGUGGAAGAAAAGCACGAGCUGCGAGCCAUCCGCCUGUCCAGAGAGGAUUGUGGCUGUGACUGCCGUGUGUUCUGUGACCCAGAAACUUGCACCUGCAGUCUUGCAGGCAUAAAAUGUCAGGUGGAUCGUAUGUCUUUUCCAUGCGGUUGCACUAAAGAAGGGUGUAGCAAUACAGCAGGUAGAAUCGAAUUUAACCCUAUCCGUGUACGGACUCACUUCUUGCACACGAUAAUGAAACUUGAAUUGGAGAAAAAUAGAGAGCAGCAAGUUCCAGCACUCAAUGGCUGUCACACUGAGAUAAGUGCACACAGUAGUUCCAUGAGUCCAGGACCCCAUCCAGUUGAAUAUUCGAUUGCAGAAAACUUUGAGAUUGAAACUGAACCCCCGGCUACAGUUAUGCAUUCCCAGUCAGCUGAGGACUUGGACUGCCCAGGGGAAGAGGAGGAAGAGGAAGAUGGGAGUAGCUUUUGUAGUGGAGUUACAGAUUCUAGUACCCAGAGUUUAGCCCCUAGUGAAUCAGAUGAUGAUGAAGAGGAAGAGGAAGAUGAGGAGGAAGAUGAGGAGGAAGAAAAAGCAGAUGAUUUUGUAGAAAGUAUGAGCUCCCAUGCUGAUAUGGUGCCUCUUCCUUCUGUCCUUUGCUACUCUGAUGGAACUGCUGUGCAUGAAAACCACUCUAAAAAUGCCUCAUACUAUACUAACUCUUCAACUCUGUAUUACCAAAUAGAGAACCACGUUGCUGGCACUGCUAACCAGAUGGGUGAGACUUACUCAGAAAGAGAUGCUGUCAAGAACGGUAGUCUUUCUCUGGUGCCUUACAACAUGACUUCAGAACAGUUUGUUGACUACACACGGCCAUCAGAGGAAACUUUUAGCAGCCCUCAUUACCCUUCUGCAAACCCCUCAGUGAUUGUUUGCUGCUCAUCUUCUGAAGUGGAUGGCAGUGCUCCCUGUAACAGUUUAUACACUGAGCAUAGGCCAAGUCACCCACCAGUGGAAUUUCACUCAUACUUGAAAGGUCCUUCUCAAGAUGGCUUUGUUUCAGCUUUGAAUGGUGACAGUCAUGUGCAGGAACACCCUGCUGAGAAUUCACUAAACCUCCCAGAGAAGAGCAGACUGCACGAAGAGUGCAUCAAAUCACCAGUGGUAGAGACGGUGCCUGUUUAAAUUAAAUUAUUCUAGGACUGACUUCCUGUGUUAAAAUUCACUCCCAUUGGAUUUUCCUAGAAACUUACUUUUUUAAGAGGUAGACAAUACUUGGACUAUAGUCAAUGUUCCAGACACAUUUUGUUUUCUCAAGCUACACUGGCAGUGGUAUUGCACAAAACCAGUUCAUGUAAAGAUAUAAAUAAAAAUAAUCAAGCCUUUUUUUUUGAUAAAAAUAAAACAGAUAAGUAAAAAACACACCCAACAUAUUUCAAAGUAGCCUACCUAUGAACAUACGUGAAACCUGCCAAGCUAUCUGAAUCAAAACUUCCUGUUUUUGACUGUCGGGCCUGUGCAAGAUUGUUAAAAAUGAUACUUUGAAAUAAUCAUGUUUAGAGUCCUAAUUUUCAACAUAUCUGAAAAGAUGGUAAGUUUAAUGUAAAAAUAACUACUGUACAAAAAAAAGGUUUUAAUUGUUCUGUACUGUUUGUAUUUUAUUUAUGGUAGUUUAAGAUUCAUGUUUUGAUAAAAAUGAACAGCAUGUUCAUUUGAGCAGAAGAUCCAUAGUUACUUACGAAGAGCAUGUCCACUUUUCAUCUGGAGUACCUUGUAUUCUUCCUUAUUUUUUCCUAAUACUAUUUCUGAUAAAUCAUCUUGAAACACAUUUUUGGAGUGUACUAUUUUUCUCUUUUACUGUUCUUGACAAACAGAAGAGUCAGAAAGGGGGCAUUUACAUCUUCUAGAAUAGAGAAAGGUAGACAAUCCUCCAUUUAAAACUAAAAUCAGUGGCAUUCCAGAGCUAGUACCCCCUCCCCAAAGAAAAAUGAUCUUGUAUAUAAUGGCAAAGCAGUAGCUUAAGCUCACACAGCACCUUCAGCCCAGCCACCGUUCAGAUCCUUACGCACUUUAGUGCCACUUUGCAGUACUGUACGAACUGCGCGAACUGUGAACCUCCUCGGAGAAAUGCCAUAGCUCCAGACCCUGAGGCCAUGUAAGAGCUUGAAAUUCACUGUAACUAAACCUGUACGUUUCUCCCAAGCCAGUUUAUGAAUAUGUCAGUAUGCAAUUUAUAAAAGCAGAGCCUUACUGAUCAAAGUUUAAAUAAAGCAUGGAAAAAAAAGUGGAACUGUCUAGAUUGCCUGAUAUACAAGACUGGCUUUUGUGAACCUCUGAUUGUAUCUCAAAUUUAGUACCAUUUGGUCUUAUUAGGAAACAAUCCAUUCAGUGAGGAAAAAUAGCUUCAGAAAUUUUGUAUUUACAAAAGUCUGCAAGCAAAAAAACAUGUGCAUCAUAUAGAUAUCCAUUACAUUGUGAUCCACUUGUUUUUAAAUGAAAUGGGAAUGAAACUAAUUUAUUAAACAACCUUGCUUUUGUCUAGAAAAGGAGGCAUAGGAAUCAGCUUUUCUCUGCACUGGUAAUUCUGCACUGCCUUAUUUUGAUUUCAAAAUCUAUUUCAGCAUUUUUGUUCUUCUGAUACUGAGAUUUCAUUUAUUAUACAUCAAAUAGUUGAAAUGUAGGCCUGUCUUGUCUGUCAAAAUACGGAUCAGCCUCUUAGUUUUUAUCUGUGUCAAAUCUAGAUGGUUAACAGUGUGCAUGUAAACACAGUGUAAAUUUUAUCUCUGUAACAGUGAUUCUUCUGGUUAGAAGCUCUUUAAAACAUCAUGUACAGUACUCCAGUAGAAAAACUGCCAAUGUAAAAUACGCUUUUCAAAAAAAAAGAGCUAACUUAAUUGUUUUUAUAUGAAAUCUGGGCAAAGUGGUUUCUCGUAUUUAUGCUAAAUUAGCAAAAUAUUUUUACUCCAUGUAGUAGCUGGAAGGAUUUUUUAUUUACUUGUUUCCACAAGAAGUCCUACAUGUUUUAUAUGAACUGCAUUGAAAAGUCUAGUUCUCUAGGGAUUGGAUUCCAAACUUGCAACGCAUUCCAUCUCCUGGGAAAGCGCACUCAUGUUGGUUAUCGGGCCCAGCCGUUCCACAGCCUCUGCUCCUCGCAGUCACAGACCACUCUAGUCUCUUCCUCUAAGGCUGAGCAGCCAGGUAAGUGCCUGUGUUCUCCAAUGCCAUACAGCAAAUACCCAUGAUUUUUAAAGAGAAACGUGCUAGUCCUUAAAGUUCUGCACUUAAGAAUAAAUUAUUCUCUUCAAGAUAUUCUAAGGGCAAAUAUAACAAAUCUCUGUGUAUACAGGGGUCUUGCUUUAACAGCAGGCUUAAAUUAGACACUCCCUUAACACCAGCACCAAAAGCACAAAUCUCUUCUGCUUGAGCUGGGACAGUAGAUGAGGAUCAGUAGUGGCUGUAACUUUGGAGUGUGUUGGAAAACAACUUUACACUUUACUGGGGUACUCUCAGGGGAAAGUUAAAUUAAGUCUUUUGCUUUGUUAUUUAUGCCCUUACUGAGCAAUAAGAAAUUAUUUUCUUGGCCCCUGUGCUUUCACAUGAAAAAUAUCUUUAAUAAGAUCAGCAAGCACAGUAAGUGAUCAACUUUAUAAAAUACUUCUCAGCUAGCUUUAAAUAUUGAGGUGAUGGUUAUUUACUAUUUCCAUUGGCACAGACUUCUGAUCUAGAGUAGGAUGUUUAAAUCAGGUGAGAGUCAUGUUUCCCGUCACUUGUUUAAACUUUGAUUUAUUUUUUAGAACAAAAAAGCAUACUCUUCAUUUAAGGAAAAGCGGGCUUAAGUCAUGGGAUGGAAAAUAUUUUUGUGUUAUUUUCUGGGCUAGUAUAUACAUGUAUUAACAUGCUGUGUCCCAUUUCCCAGCUGGUUAAUAUUCAUGUUGAUAACCACUCCUUUGAUUUUGGGUAGGCUGUUUCUGUGUGAUAAAAGUAUUGUUACUAAAUGAUAACCAGCAGUAUUUGCUUCUGUAUCAACAUAGUGUGUUAUUUGUGAAAAUAUCCAUAUUAGUGAUAGUCUUUAUGAGCUUCAUUUCCAAGAUAUCUGGCUGCUGAUAAACACUCCUAAGAAGCUCAGUAUAUGUUUGUGAUUAUAUUGCAUCGUUCACAAAAAUGAGUCAUAACAAAGGCAUUUCCCUUUCUUGAACAAACUGGAAUUUUCACAGAGACCAUUACUGGAACAGCCCCUAAAAGCAGAUGCCCUUUUGCCUAUAAGGUGAACUUCACCUCUCUUGGAAAAAGGUGCAUUGUUAAAUAUAUAUAAAGCUUUAAUUGAUGUUAGACAUGAAAUUAGAAUUUCAUUGGCACAAUUACAGCAAUUGCAAUUGUUGCUUAAGAGCUAUAACUCAUGUCCAUUGAAACAUCCUUAAAAGCUGUAGUAGGAGCUUCUAAUAUUCUUUGUUGAGCUGUAUGCCACUUCGAUCAGAAAAUUUUAGAUUUGUAAAGCUUUACAAUUUUUCAUUUGCAUAAGUUCCUGCUGGUGACUCAAAAUUGGAGUUGACAUUUGUUUAUGUUAAGGCCAUUGGUUCCACUCCAUAGUAACUAUCAGUUGCUAUAGAUAAGGUUCAGCUGCUCCCCUGCUCUGUUAACAGUGGGAUCCUGCCUUUGGUCCAAGUGCUGCAGGACUCCUGUGUGGUGCUGUUACUCACUAGAUUGCUGACUGAGCCCAGGCCAGAUCCAAUUUCUAACCUGAUCUGGCUGUUUUAUUUCAGUAAUCUGCUAAUAAACUGAUCAUGCUGCUUUCCCUGCCUCCCAGGCAGUACCUUCACAAACACAGCUGCUUUGUUAAAGAUCGUAUACAUAUAUUUGUAUGCAAAACUGAGCAUGUAUAAAGGGGUUUAUUAGUUCAGGUGUUCCUGACAGAAAUGUAAUACACUGGCUAGAGAGUGCUGGGCUCAGACAGAGGAGAUUUUCCUUGGUCUGGUUGUGUCAUGUUGUUCUCUGUGCUCUGGUUUGUAAUGUACUUGGAGAUACUGUGAUAAAACAUAAUUCUAUAGAACAGGUAAAAUACCAUUUUAUUCUCAUGUUUUGGCAUCAUAACUAAAUUUUUGUACUGCAGACUAUGCCAUUUUCCAAGUUAAGCCCAGCCCAGCUGAAAAGUGACCAGAAAUUUUUCACUAACAUGAAAAACAGCUGAAAUGAGCUCUCCUUUCCUUAGACUGGAUUAAUGAGCAAAGUCAAAAAGUGAAUUUCACAGUGAAAAAUUAGACUAAAAGCUGUGUUGAAUAUACAACAUUUACCUGUCUAGUGCUUAACAUUUGAGCAGCAAGAUUGUAGUUUUCCUGCAACACCAUACUUGGCAGCAGCAAGCAGUCUUGCUCCUCUGCAUGUUGUCUUCUUUUGCCAGCUGAAUUCUCUCAGUUGAAACUCCUUGUCUGGGCUGCUCCUGCAGCAACGCAGGUGUUCCUACUCAAGCAUAAAGCAAGACAGACCCAUGAUACCCUUUUAAAAGACAUUUGUUAAAUAAGGGCACUGUUACAGCUCAUGAGUUUUAUAAACUGAUGUUCAUUGUGCCAGUUUUAUUUCCUGGAACAGUCAGGAACAGAAGAGGAUGAUAUGGAAAAUCCUUAAGCAUUUGGGGGUGUUAUGCUUUCCCACUGAGACUAAAGAAUAAUUCUAUCAUCUGCUUUAUGACGGUUGCAGGACAGUUGAUGUAAAGUACUUUGAAAAUCUAGAAGUAAUUCAGAGAAUAUAUUCUAUAGAAUUUAUUUCUAAAAUACUAAAUGUGAUUACUAUUUUUUUAAAAUUGUAGAAAGCUGUUAUUUUCAAAACAGAGUCUAGUUCACUUACGUGUUCCCUGGUAUGAGAAAUCUCAGCAUUUGCCUUUUCAGUGUUUCAAAGUUUUUAAAAUAUUCUUAAUUUUGCUUUUCUCUGUUAUCAUUGUCCAUGUGCAAAUUGUCCAUUUUCUCCAAGAAGUGUCAAAUCCAAAGUACAAAUAUUGUGAAGUGAUGAAGAAGUGCAAUGUAGUUUUAAAGAUGUCUGAGUGAACAAAGGCUUUUCUUGACAAGUUUUUCCUUUUCACUGGCUCUUCCCUCCCCUAAAUCCAAGGCAGCUUUUAAUUUUAGGGCUAACAAAAGAGUAUAGUUUCCACUUAAGGAGGACUUUUCUUUUGACACUUGGAGGACUUUUCUGCUACCCCAAUAGCUGAUACCCUAAUAGCUGAUUUUACUUCGCAUGAACAUCCACUUUAUGAAACACCUGUUUUGCAGCCUUAGUAUUUUCUUUUUCAUUCCUUCUUUCCUGUUGGUGUUUGGGAGGUCUGUUGUACAGUAAGACUUUUCAUUAAAAUCAAGCACAAGGGCAACUCUGCUGUCCAAAGGACAGUAUGAGAUCUUGAAAAGUCAGGUUGGGUGGGGUUUUGAACAACGUGAUCUAGUGGCUGGCAGGGGCAGGGGCGUUGGAACUAGAUGGUCUUCCAGGUCCCUUCCUGACCAGGCCAUUCCAUGAUUCUGGAGUUAAAAUAUAUAUUGCCUUACUGCUGUCUUUCAGGUUAGGCAGACACCCACCCCUCAGAAGGUCCCACUGACUGCAGAACCAUAUUCUUGGUGCUCUGUGUUGCACCUUCUCAAGUGAGAUCAUAAUCCUUCAUCCGAGGCUGGGGGUGGAACAAAAAAAAAGCCAAAAGGUAGAUUUUGUACUUUAUUAACACAAUUAUUUUAAUUUGGAGCUUAGCAAUGACACUUCUUUUUCAUGAAUGAAAAAGAAGUCAAAUAAAGUCAAAGACCCAAGUCAAAUAAAGUUUGUCGCCCAUGUAUGUUCUUCUCUAUCUUCACUCUUCCAACAAAUCAUGAAGAUGGGAUUAUCUUUCUUUGAUAGGGAAAAUGGUGCAAGAUACCAAUGUGAGUCGUUGUUCUGAUACAAGGAUCAAGAUAAUCCUGUCUUCAAACACUUGAGUGAGUGCAGGGAGGAUAGAAAGAACAAUUUAGAGGAAAAGAAAGAUAAAAGCAAGAGGCAGAUUGAUGAGGAUUAUUUUUCUUCUAAAGGGAAAAAUAAAGCAUAUUAAAAAAAAAAAACAAUGGAAGGAAAAAGGUGAAUUAAGAUCUCUUCAGAGCAAGGAUGGUAAAGUAGAUGGACAUUCACUACAAGCUUGCCCAUGUUAGACUGAAAUAUUGUUUCUGUUAUUUGAUAUAUUAUAAUGAAACAUGAACUCAUUGGAAACAGGAAAUUACAUUUUUUCCAGACCAGAUUUAUUCAGGUGGCCAUUAAAUAAAAAGACUUAUCCAAAUCCAUAGAGUAAAAAACCUAAAAAGCAGGACCCUAGAAGCAUUGCUACCAUGUCACUCUUGGCUGAUGGCAGUUCAAAAAGGCAAGUUAAAAAUUGUUGUAGUUAACUCUGCUCCCAGGCAUGUAUUCUUAUAUACCCAGUCUCUCAGCUAGCAAGAGAUGCUAAAAGCAAAGACAAAAUGUUCUUUUAUCAGCAAUUUCUCUUGGCAUUUUCAAAUGAGGCUUAGUACAUUAUGGCAGGUAAUUAUUUUGGCUUUCUCCAUCUUGAACUUCUAAAAUACAUUCUUAAGAAUGAAAUUAUGGGUUGGAUUGUGGAUGAAGGUCAGCCUUGCUGGGGUAAUGAGGGAAUCACUGUAAAGAACCAUUUGUGAGUCUCAGAUAUAGAUUCAGCACCAGUUUUCUGCUUCUUGAAAAGAUCAUGAUGUGCACUGGCAGCUGGCUCUCUUAAAACCAGAAGCAAGCAUGCUGGUUUUUUUCAAGCCAUUUCACACAAAUGCCAUAACUUCAGGUUUCAAAUGCCCAUGUAAACAAGGCUUAAUAACUGGGCACUUCUUUUAACUGACUUGAUUGUAGGCACUUCUAUGGAAAUAUGUCUGAAAUGUAGUUUGUGAAAUAUGUUUAAAAUGUGUUUGAUGUCAAAUAAGCGCUAGACAUUUAACAGUGCAAAAAUAGUAAAAAUCUGUAGAUUACAAAACUGUUCCUAAGAUCCUCAGCCUGUAAUAUUGUCUUAGUAAAGUCGAUCUUUUAAGUUACAUUGCAUUCUGGUGUAAUAACCUUUUACAAAUAAAAUUAUUAAUACAAAUGUACUUGUUAAUACCUGUUAACAUAAAAUAUGGCAGUUGGUUAUUUUGAUUUGUUUCAAUCUCCAACUAAUAGAAAUUUUGUUAAAAAACACAAACAGAAAAAACACAUUACCUUUUAUAUGUUUAAAGUGUUUUGUUUUAACAGACUAUAUUAACAUUCACAGUGUCUAGUCCAACCCUGUCUUUUAGCAGGUUCAUCUCUCUCUGUAUACAUACAUAUAUAUAUUUCCCCACAAGAAUUUUGAAAUGCUUUGUUGGCAAGUGGUAAAUAGUACACCAUGGCAUAAACUCAGAAGCACUUAAGUUGAUGGUCUUUCAGAGAGGUAAUCCAUUCAAAUGGGACUAGUAAAAAUGCAUAAUUGCAGUCAUUAGUUUAAAAUUUGUACAUUACUUCUAACAUUACUAAUUUCUGAGAAAAAUAAUUGUUACGUACUUAACAUUUUCCAUUACAGAUGGUCUUGCAUUCUAAAAUUAUGGAGGUCUCAACAGUUAAGCAAGAUAUUUAUUUGGACUGCUGCUUUUAAACUGUUUGAAGAAGCAAAGGGAAAGAAAGUUCAUCUUAAAAUCUGUAUGUGGAAAUAAUUUUAAGCUUAAUGAACUACACAUUUCCUUAAUUUCCUUUUUUUAAACAAGCUGUAACAUCAAAGAUGCCAAAGGGUAAUAUAAGCUACAAUAAUAUUCAACAGAACUUAACCUAGAUCUUAUGUUGUAAUAAUUUAUUCAAAUUAACUGUAUUCUUCUGUAUUUAUAUUUUCGGUAUUUAUUAUGAAUGAUAUGAAAUUUGAUGUAUUUAUUGUGGCUUAUUACUGCAGUGUAUAUAUUACAAAAAUGAGCAUUUUUAAGUCUUAAUAUUAGUUUUUUUGUUAAUUAGUGGCACUUGUAUCAGUUGUAUUUUUAUUAUAUAUUGUACAAUAUAUAUUGUCCAUUUGUUUGCAAUGAAGUAAACCAGGUUUCUACGUUACAUCCUG